AAAAACACGCGUUCAUUAACCCAGGAUGCGUGUCACUUAAUGCUGAAUCAUCAUAAAACAACCCACUGAAUUUCUUAAAAACCACUAGCUUCUGCCCAUGGUUUUUCCCAAAACCUCGGUCAUUAUCUCCAAUAUAUCAUAGCACUACCUCACAUCCAUUUUAUCAUUCUCACUCAAAAUACUUUCACUAAAGGAUGAGUUCCGGAAUCAGAGCUUGGAGUGUAGCUGUCAGCGUCGGUGUUGUGGAGGCCUUGAAAGACCAAGGCAUCUGUAGAUGGAACUAUGCUUUGAAAUCAGCUCAACAACAUGUUAAGAACAAUAUUAGAUCUUUCUCUCAGGCAAAUAAGCUUUCUUCUUCCAAUUCUUCUGCUAUCAUCUCUAAAAGACUAAAAGAUGAUAAGGCAAAACAGCCUGAGGAGUCUUUGAGGACGGUCAUGUACCUAAGCUGCUGGGGUCCCAGUUAAUUAAAUUCAUUCCAUAAGGGAAGGUCACGGUUGACAUUUCUUGGGGUUGUAUAGUUUUUUAAUGUUGAUCUGAAUUAAUAAUUAUUGAUAUUAAAUAUAUAUGUUUUAAUCUUUUUAAA